GCCAUUGGGCAGCGACACGGGGAGAGGUCCCGAGCAGGGGGUUGGGCGGCAUAUGAACUCCUCUGUAGUUGUGUUAGGAUCCUCCCCGUUCUCUAGUGAUGUUUAUUAAUGGACGCGUCCAACCCCCCCCCCCCCCCCUCAGCUAUGCGCGGCUCCGAGCUCCUGGGACAGUGAGACUCGGGAGUGACUGAGCUGCUUGUGUGUCCGCUUUUCCGCUCUGAGCAACGCCGCCGGAUAUGUUCUGAUUCCUCUGGAACUUCUGUGCUCGGGACUCCGGAGCUGCGGCUGAGGUUAUUGAUUAUCAAUGGAGCAUAUUCAAGGCGCGUGGAUGAAGAUCAGCAAUGGAUUUGGGUUAAAGGACUCUGUAUUUGAUGGACCUAGCUGUAUGUCCCCAACUAUUGCUCAGCAGUUUGGUUAUCAGAGGCGGGCAUCUGAUGAUGGCAGGCUGGGUGACGCUUCAAAAGCAAGCAAUACUAUUCGUGUCUACCUACCCAAUAAGCAGAGGACAGUGGUGAAUGUUCGAAAUGGCAUGACCCUUCAUGACUGCCUGAUGAAAUCGCUAAAGGUGAGAGGACUCCAGCCAGAGUGUUGUGCAGUUUUCCGCCUUCUGCUGGACUCCAAAAGCAAGAAGCAUCGGCUGGACUGGGCUACGGACGCCAUGUCAUUAAUUGGAGCGGAGCUUCAAGUGGAUUUCUUGGAUCAUGUCCCGCUUACUACCCAUAAUUUUGUACGAAAGACUUUCCUGAAGCUGGCUUUUUGUGACAUCUGUCAGAAAUUCCUUCUGAACGGUUUCCGUUGUCAGACGUGCAUGUACAAGUUCCAUGAACACUGCAGCACCAAGGUGCCGACCAUGUGUGUGGACUGGAGCAAUGUCCGGCAGCUACUAUUGUUUCCAAACCCUAGUAAUACAGACAGUGGCAUGCCUGCAUUACCAUCCCUCACCAUGCGGCGGAUGCGAGAAUCAGCCCGUGGCUCAACCAGUUCCCAGCACCGAUAUUCUACCCCUCAGCCCUUCAACUUUUCAACACCAAAUCCAUCUUCUGAGGGUUCUUUCUCUCAAAGGCAGCGGUCCACUUCAACACCCAAUGUCCACAUGGUCAGCACCACAAUGCCAGUGGACAGCAGGAUGAUUGAGAAUAACUGGCUCAAUACUUCUCCCAAGUCCCGGGGCAGACGUUUUUGUUUGUGGGGCAGAGAUGCUGUAAGAAUUCACAGUGAAUCAGGGAGUCCUAAUAAUUUGAGUCCCACUGGGUGGUCUCAGUCCAAAACCCCAGCUCCAACUCACAGAGAGAAGUCCGCAGUUUCCAGCAGCCAGGAGAAAAACAAGAUUCGCUCCCGGGGACAGAGAGAUUCCAGCUACUAUUGGGAGAUCGAGGCCAGCGAGGUGAUGCUAUCUUCAAGAAUAGGAUCAGGAUCAUUUGGGACAGUGUAUAAAGGCAAAUGGCAUG